AUGGCUAAUGAAUUGCGUGACUUGGUGAAACAAGAACGGAACAUCUUGAAGACAUUUGAUUCAGUGAAAUUGUUCGUUGAAGGAUUCGAUGUUGAAGUGCAUAGUGUGCAAGUGGAUAUUCGGUUGGAGCGACUGGAAAUUGCCUUCAAGGAAUUCCACAACGUCCGUAGGAAGAUCGAACUACUGACGGAUGAUGUUGACGACGAUGAAGAAGAUGCUGCAAUGGAUCCCAAGAAAGAUGCAGAAAAUGCGAGGAUCAUCAUGGAUGCUGAAGACAAGUACUGUACCCUCAAGGCCAUUCUGAUGAGUCUUCGACCGAAGCUGAUAGAUCCUACGGCUAACACUCAACCAGUCGCACACGUUGCCGGUGCAGGAUUAUCACGUGUUAAGCUUCCCGAGAUUCGCUUGCCAACCUUUAGUGGACCGCUCAAGGAAUGGGUAACGUUCCGAGAUACAUUCCGUAGCUUGAUCCAUAAUAAUCCACAGCUAACGGAUAUGGACAAGUUUACGUACCUUCGAUCGUCGUUGAAUGGAGAAGCGUUACAGGAAAUCAACUCGGUGGAAAUGUCUGACGUAAAUUACGCAGUUGCCUGGGAAACGCUGGAGAAACGGUACGAAAAUAAAAAGCUGAUCGUCAAGGCUCAUCUCGAUGCACUUUUUGCUGUGGAGCCAACCAGGAGGGAGAGUUACGAGUCGCUUAAUCGUCUUAUCAGCGAAUUCGACAAAAACCUGCUGAUGUUGGAGAAGGUAGGAGAAAAGACCAAUGACUGGAGCACCAUUCUGGUUCACAUGGUGUGUUCUCGUUUGGACUCAGCAACGCUUCGGAACUGGGAAGCACAUCAUAAUUCGAAGGAGGUGCCGAAGUAUGAAAACCUUAUCCACUUCCUACGAGAUCAUUGCUCCGUGUUGCAGUCCGUCGCUCCUGCCAAAUCUACGCCGAUACCAGAGAAACGAUCGAAGCCGUCCGUCAGCAACUCAGCAGUCAAGUCAUGGAACAAGUGUCCGUUUUGUGGGGACGGAUUUCAUUCCGCUUUUCGCUGCGUGAAAUUUUUGAAACUGAAGGUACAUGAACGCAGUGAUGCUGUGAAAAGAGGCAGACUCUGCUUGAACUGUCUAUCGCCAGGACAUCAGGCACGAUUUUGCAGCAAGGGCGUGUGCCACCACUGUAAUCAGAAGCAUCACUCCCUGUUGCACCCAGAAUCACAGCAGUCAAGCACUAUUAGAAAUACAUCCUCCGUCCCACAAGAGCAAAGUAGACCUCCAGCUGGUAAUCAGCAACAACCACAGACACAAAUACCAAACCAGAACCAACAAACACACGCUCACAGCGCUCACCAGUCUACAAGUUCUCUUCCCGUAUUACACUCGCAUAACACUGCACCACUGUCCACCACAAACCAACCAUGCACAACCCAGAACACUAUCGCGCUUCCAACCAAUACACUAUCCACACAAGAUAUUCUACUGUCCACCGCCAUUGUGUGUGUUAAAGAUAGUUACGGCAACUCACGACUAGCUCGAGCGUUACUAGAUUCGUGCUCGCAAUUCUGCUUCAUGACGACGAACUUCUCCAGUAAACUCAAGCUUCGGGCUUCACCUGAACACCUGUCAGUCCAAGGAAUCGGUGGUUCAGUCGUCGUAGCGCGGAAGGUAGUUAAGGCAGCAGUUCUACCUCGCUCUCAGGAAAUAUCAUCGUAUCGUGAGGAGAUGAAUUUCUACGUUUUGCCGGAGUUAACGGCAACCUUGCCUGCACGAAGAAUCAACGUGAACCACUGGACGCUCCGGACUAAUAUCAGCUUUGCGGAUCCCCAGUUCCACGAACCUGGUCGCAUUGAUCUGAUAAUCGGAGCAGAACACUACUUCAAUCUGCUCUCUGACGGUCGUGAGAAGGUUGGAGAUGAAGGCCCUACACUGCAAAAUACAGUCUUUGGAUGGGUGGUUUCCGGUCGAGCAGCCGAUCAACCAGGCACGUUGCAUCGCACAUUGUCGUAUUCGUGCACGCUUGCAAACCUGCAAGAACAGUUGACGAAGUUCUGGGAGAUAGAAACCUGUCGUUCCAGUAGUAGUCAAUCGGUAGAGGAGACGGCGUGUGAAGUAUUCUUCGAUCAAACAACCACUCGUGAUGAUGCAGGCAGAUUUAUCGUCGCACUUCCAAAGCGUGAAUUCAUCAUCAAUCAGCUCGGCGAGUCCAGAAACAUAGCGACAAGGAGAUUUCUGGGCUUGGAGAGGCGGUUCCAGUUGAAUCCCGAGUUGAAGGCAGCGUACGCAGAUUUCAUCCACGAAUACGAGCGACUUGGUCACAUGGUGCAAGUUCCGGACGUCGAAGAGCAGUUUCCCGUGUACUAUCUUCCCCACCAUGCAGUUUUCAAACUGGAUAGUACAACAACGAAAUUACGUGUCGUUUUCGACGCGUCCUGUAAGACCAGCAGCGGUGUAUCGCUCAACGAUGCGCUAAUGGUUGGACCUGUAGUUCAGGAGGAUUUGAUCACCAUCACACUCCGAUUCCGUUUGUUCUGCAUUGCCAUUGUAGCGGAUGUGGAAAAAAUGUAUCGGAUGAUACUCAUCUAUCUACUCGAUCGAUGCCUACAGCGGAUCGUCUACCGAGAUUCCCCUGACGAACCGAUCCGAACGUACGAGUUAGCAACUGUCACUUACGGGACUGCAUCUGCACCAUACUUGGCGACAAAGUGCUUACAGCGACUGGCAGAAGAAGGAGCUCUCGCUUAUCCUCGCGCAGCUAAGGUGUUGAAGGAAGAUUUUUACGUCGAUGACAUGCUGACUGGAGCGGACAACGCCGACGAAGCGAAGCAGCUGGCAAAGGAAAUGAUCACGCUAACUUCAUCAGGUGGAUUCAACCUGCGAAAGUGGAACUCCAACUGCAAGGAAUUUUUAGCCGAAUUGCCCCCCGAUCUCCUCGAUGAUCGUGCCACUUUAGAGCUUGAUUCCUCAACUUCACCAGUGAAAACUUUGGGGUUACUGUGGGAGCCGCAUUCAGACAAUUUCCGAUACCAUUCUCCUAAGUGGGAAAACGAAGCAGUGCUCACGAAACGCGUCGUUCUCGCAGAAGCAGCUCGCCUGUUUGACCCGUUAGGAUUGAUGGGUCCAGUUGUCGUCAUUGCCAAGAUAUUUCUCCAAGAAUUGUGGAAGCAGCAGUGCGGUUGGGAUGAUCCACUACCCGAAGCGAUGCAGAACUUUUGGCAGGAGUAUAGGAUGAAUUUGACAGCCCUCUCGUCGUUUUCAAUUCCUCGGUGGAUAGGAUACACAUCUGAUGCAAUUUCGGUCGAGUUGCACGGUUUCUGUGACGCAUCAGACAAGGCAUACGGUGCAUGCCUCUACGUGCGUUGUACACUGUCGGAUGGCUCAGUAGAAGUUCGGCUGCUGAUUUCCAAAUCGAGAGUAGCACCACUGGAGGAUCUCAAGCGCAACAAGAAGAAGUUAACCACCCCUCGCCUCGAGUUGUCAUCCGCACUGCUCCUCAGUCAUCUGUACGAGAAGGUCAAGCACAGUAUUCGUAUUCCGCACACCGCAAGCUUCUGGACAGACUCGACAAUCGUAAUGCAUUGGUUAUCUUCGCUGCCAUCGAGGUGGCAGAUGUUCGUAGCGAAUCGCGUGUCCGAGAUUCAGCACAUUACGAAGGGUUUCGAUUGGAAUCAUGUCGCUGGCUUGGAGAACCCAGCUGACAUCGUGUCACGAGGGAUGAUACCGGCUCAGCUUCAGUACAGCACGAUUUGGUUUGAAGGUCCACCAUGGCUGCGUCGAGACCGCAGCACCUGGCCGGUGGGAAGUCCUGAGGAAGAUUUCGAGCAAUCACUGCUAGAAGAACGAAGUGCAGUCGCAAUUCCAGCACAGUCCAAGCCACACAGUGACAUCUUUUCAUUUCAUUCCUCUCUAUCUACGCUGAUCCGUAAAGUUGCAUGGAUUCGUCGCUUCAUCCACAACUGUCACAAUCGCGAAGAAAGACGCAAUGGGUAUCUCAGUCACGCUGAACUCCAAGAAGCUAUGCUAUCACUAAUCCGUUUGUCUCAGAGGGAAUCGUUUCCGGAGGAGAUUUCUGCACUCCAGAGCGGAAAUCAAGUCAAGCCGUCGUCAUCGAUCAACAGACUCACACCAAUUUUCGUUGACGGGGUACUGUACGUAGGUGGUCGGCUAUCCAAGGCACCUAUUCCAGUGAGUCGCAAGCAUCCAGCGAUUCUCAGCUAUCAUCAUCCCCUGAGCAAACUAGUAGUCAUACACUACCACCAGAAAUUGUUCCACGCUGGGCAACAGCUUCUCAUAAGUAGAGUACGGGAGAAGUACUGGCCCACGCAGAUCAGAAGAUUAGCCAACACCGUAAUCAACGAAUGCGUGCCGUGCUUCCGAUGCAGACCGAAAGUGUUGGAUCAGCUGAUGGCAGAUUUGCCGUCGGAACGAGUUACACCCGCGCCACCGUUCCUGAAAGUUGGUGUCGAUUACUGUGGACCUUUUCUGGUUGCCUAUCCCAAUCGUCGAACAACUCCGCGUAAAUAUUUCGUCGCAAUCUUCGUCUGCUUGGUCACGAAGGCUGUUCAUCUGGAGCUGGUGGGAGAUUUAACAAGCGAAGCCUUCCUCGCAGCAUUCAAGCGUUUCGUCGCACGAAGAGGCAAACCAACCCUGGUAAUGUGUGACAACGCUCUCAACUUCGUCGGAGCAAGGCGCAAACUCGACGAACUACACGAACUAUUCCGUAACCAGCAGUUCCAGCAGUCGAUCGUAAAUGAAGCUGAAGAAGACGAGAUAGAAUUUCGAUUCAUCCCAGCACGUUCGCCCAAUUUCGGUGGCCUUUGGGAAGCUGCCGUAAAAUCCUUCAAAAGCCACUUCAAACGCACCAUCGGAUCCAGAACGUUAUUGCACGAUGAAAUGCAAACGGUGAUAGUUCAAGUGGAAGCGAUCCUCAACUCCCGUCCGUUGACGCCGGUCAGCAAUGACCCAACGGAUUUCGAAGCAUUGACGCCUGGUCAUUUUCUGGUUCAGCGACCGCUAACAGCUGUUCCAGAACCGGACCUCAGUCAUAUCCCGGAGAAUCGUCUUUCACUGUGGCAAAAAUCGCAAGACUUCGUGCAGCAGAUAUGGAAGAAAUGGUCCUCGCAAUACCUGUCCGAUCUCCAUAACCGAACCAAGUGGACUCGUCGACGCAAUAACAUCUCCGUUGAUACAAUGGUUCUCGUGAAAGAGGACAAUCUUCCACCGAUGAAAUGGAAGUUGGGACGAGUAGUAGAGGUUCACGCGGGUUCCGAUGGGAAUAUCCGUGUAGUGACCGUGAGAACGAAGGACGGUCUUUUCCGGAGAGCUAUCUCAAAGAUUUGCGUCCUUCCCAUUCGGGACAACCAAGCUGUGCCCACUUCUGAGGAGAAUUGA